GGCCGACCGGCCGCGAUGUCCGGCGCGGAGGAGGCCGGCGGGGGCGGGCCGGCCGCGGGGCCCGCCGGCGCCGUGCCGGCUGGGGCCGGGGUCGGGGCUGGGGUCGGGGUCGGGGUCGGGGCCGGGCCGGGGGCGGCCGCGGGGCCAGCGGCGGCAGCGGCGCUGGGCGAGGCGGCGGGGCCCGGGCUCCCGGACGAGGCGGGCCUGGCCGGCGCCCGGCAGCUGCAGGAGGCGGCCGGCGACCCCGAUGCGCCGCCCAAGAAGCGGCUGCGGGCGGCCGAGGCAGCCGAGGCGGCGGCGGCGGCGGCGGCGGCGGGCAGCGGGAAGCUGGAGGAGCGGCUCUACUCGGUGCUGUGCUGCACCGUCUGCCUGGACCUGCCUAAGGCCUCCGUGUACCAGUGUACUAACGGUCACUUGAUGUGCGCUGGCUGUUUUAUCCACCUACUAGCAGAUGCCCGGCUGAAGGAGGAGCAGGCCACGUGCCCUAACUGUCGUUGUGAGAUCAGUAAGAGCCUCUGCUGCCGCAACCUGGCUGUGGAGAAAGCCGUGAGUGAGCUGCCCUCCGAGUGUGGCUUCUGCCUGCGCCAGUUUCCCCGCUCCCUCCUGGAGAGGCACCAGAAAGAGGAGUGCCAGGACAGGGUGACCCAGUGCAAAUAUAAGCGCAUCGGCUGCCCGUGGCAUGGCCCCUUCCACGAGCUGACGGUGCAUGAGGCCGCGUGCGCCCACCCCACCAAGACGGGCAACGAGCUGAUGGAGAUCCUAGACGAGAUGGACCAGAGCCACCGCAAGGAGAUGCAGCUCUACAACAGCAUCUUUAGCCUGCUCAGCUUUGAGAAGAUCGGUUACACAGAGGUCCAGUUUCGGCCAUACCGCACGGAUGACUUCAUCACGCGCCUGUACUACGAGACGCCAAGGUUCACGGUGCUGAACCAGACGUGGGUCCUGAAGGCACGUGUCAACGACUCGGAGCGUAACCCCAACCUGUCGUGCAAGCGCACACUCUCCUUCCAGCUCCUCCUCAAGAGCAAGGUCACAGCGCCCCUGGAGUGCUCCUUCCUGCUGCUCAAGGGCCCAUACGAUGACGUAAAGAUCAGCCCCGUCAUCUACCACUUUGUCUUCACCAACGAGAGCAACGAGACGGACUACGUGCCACUGCCCAUCGUCGACUCCGUGGAGUGCAACAAGCUGCUAGCCGCCAAGAACAUCAACCUGCGGCUCUUCCUGUUCCAGAUACAGAAGUAGGCGGCACCGCUGUGCUGCCCGGCCUGCCCGGCGGUGGCUUCACAGUGCCGUCUGACCGUUUUAGCAAAGGAGGAGAAGGAACAAACGCAAACAUUGGGGAAGUCUGCAUGCGUGUGCGAAGGUGGGAGUGCUCUCACCUCGCCCUCCGCCCCGCCUCCCCUGUCCCAGGCACUGGAGGCUGGGCCACCUGCAGAGGAGACGGUGGCUCAGGGACACAGUGGGGCUAAACCCAGCGGCCAUGCCCUGGCCCCCAUGGCGUAGUGAGGCGCACUGUCUGCUCUGAGCUGCGCCCGGCCCCUGGGCCGGGCUCAGGGAGCACGCUGACUUCAGACGGCAUAUUUGAUUGCAAUUAAAAAGGCACCCUUGUUUCCUA